AUGCUGAGCUUUUUCAGAAUGCCAAUUCCUUUGGACCCAUUCUUGUUUGAUGAAGCCACCUACAACCUUCAUUACAACUGCAGCUUCUACGAUAUCGAUUCCAUUCCCAUCCAAAAGAGGCAACACCCGCUACUUGGCACGCUCAUUUUGGCGAUCUACUUUGUCAGCGUGGUGAGUGCAAGCCCUACCGUAAACAUCCCGCAUAUCUUCCCCAAUUGUCUUAUCUCACAAUACCCUCUCUUUUUCAGUCACUCUACAUACCAUGCGUUACGAUCAUGUGCACGACAGGGCUGCGAAAAAGGUCCAGCUAUCAGCUGAUGAUUUUGCUGGGAAUAAUCGACAUUGUUGAUCUCACUGCGAACUCGUUAAUUUUUGGAGUCUUGAGCAUCUCGGGAGCCGUUUUCUGCUCGUCAUCGACUCUGCUGUAUAUCCAUGGUCUUGUGUGUUUGUGUGAGUUUGGCUAUAUCAUAUAUGAAGCUUCGAUCCCCUUCAAUCUUUUAUCAUAUAUCGCUUUACAAGUCGAAUUAUCAAUCUGUCGGGAAAAUAAGGUGGAUUUGUCACAGCAAAAUGUCUAACCUGAUCGCAUGGCUCACCAAAUCCUCAGCCACAACUAGCCGCCGUAAAGCGGUGAUGAGCGUUUCCAAGGCGCGACAAAUCAACAUUAUUUUCCCGACAGACUGCCAUUCUGACCUCUCUGAUUUAUUUCUCUAUACACAUUGCUUACAACUCUUUAGCCGCCUGGUUCGGAAGUACCAUAACGACGCUAAUUCUGUCCAUCAACCGAUGCUGCGAACUGCACAGUCGUUACAUGGCCGACAAAUUCUUCAGCGGAAAAAUGAACUACUUUUGGAUAAUUCUGGUCCUUCUUUACAUGUUGGGAGUCCCACUGUUUGGUAUUGCUCCUGUUUUUGACGGGGUCAUGAUGUCCAUGUUCUUCAAUCCGCAUAACGCGUACUUCGUGGACACGGAACAAACCGUAAGCCCCAAGCUCUAGCGUUGUCAAACACGAGUUUUUUUCAGUACGCCAGUGAAUGGCACACCUACCACAACAUGUUUGUUUGUGUCUCGCACACAACGACAUAUGCCAUUUUCAUCAUGCUGUAUGUGAGACGGGUCAGCGGAGCAGUGAGGAAGACGAUCAGGGAUAAGAACGUGAGGGUUUCUUAUUAAUCAAAAUGCAAAACAACUGUGUUUAGACCUACAUUCAAGUGCUUACAAUUGGUUUCUUCCAUUUUACAGCCAGCUUUUCGUACGUGCUGGAGCAAUUUGUUCCUGUCGGAUUCUACGGCUGCUUGGCAGCGACUUUUACGUACAUCUUGUCGACAGGUAAAGCAAUAGUGGUCCUAUAGUAGUUUAAACUUUUCCAGCCCUCCCUCCAUUUGUCUACAUUACAUUCAACAAGAGCAUUAAGACUUCCCUACUGCAGAUAGGCAAGAAAAUCAUGCCCAAAGACGUGCGCUCCUAUAGUGCUACCAGACCAAGCACGUUAACGAGUAGUCAAGAUGACCACCCUUUGCACUGA